AUGGGGGGUGCAUUUCAGGGCACAACACUGGCCCAUGGAUAUGAGGUGCUAGCGACAGAAACCCCCAAGACUGUGCUGAUCGUUUAUGCUCACCAGAGCUCAGCCUCAUUCAACGCUGCAGCCAGCUUGCAAGACUUCAAAGUCUCUGCUACACAGCAGGACGUCACAGGUGAGCUGAAGAAGCCUGAUAAUUUACAACAUGGAGACGAGUGCAUGCACGCAUGGAAGGAGGGCUGCCUCACUUUGUGUUGUGGUAUGUUUCCUGUGCACUCAUGCAUCUCUCUUUCUCACUGUGAUUAGUAUCUCUUGACUCAAGGCUUUGCCUCUACCUUGCAGAGGAUCUAUAAGAACGGCUUAUUGUCGGACAAAAAAGCACUGUUGUCCACCACCGGAGCAAUGAACAGCAUGUUCAGUCCUGAUGGUAUCCACGGAAAUAUCAAUGUAACAUUAUGGCCAUUACAAAAUGGCAUUCUACACUUUUGUGGGUUCCAAGUCCUUGCACUGCAGAUCUCCUGGUGCUCUGCUCACUGUCCACCUUUAGUGCGCACUACUAUGUUAGAGGACUGGCGAACCAGACUGAGAGGCUACGCCUUGACCUUUGCUCCCUGCGAGCUCUUUGAUCUCAGUAUUCCAGGGUUUUUUAAACUUCGUCCAGAUGUGAGGAAGGAACGCAGCUCUCACCCCAGCGGUAUCACUGUAGGCCAACAUCUUUGCAAACCCCUCCCCAUCAACAACCAGCUGAAAGCUCCACCCCAUGACAAGAAGACAACUCCCUGA